GUUACGCUGGAGGAGGGUUUCGGCCGGGGGGGAUCAAAACGUGUCGAUAACUGCGUAACGUGAUAAAUGGUGUGUCCAUAAACACACGACCUUUAUCAUGCCUAUGGCAUGUUUUCCUAACUACAAUCCAGGUAGCGCACACCGCUCAUCUGCAGGGACACCGUUGCUGACGCUCCCUAUCUCACACGUUCAGAGCAGGCAAGUAAUGACCCCUCUAGUGUGUUUGACAAGCAUGCGCCACAUCAAUUAAACUUACAUGCUCCCUCCCGUUGAAUACGAGUGCAUCAUGGCUGCCGCUGCGGGAGGAGACGUGAAUGGAGAUAAGUGGUGGGACUGUCGCAAUUGCAUCAGGAAGGCUGCGUGCCCAAUUCACGUUCCGGACAUGGUGGGCCACGCUGGGCCGAACUCGAUCCAGAAGCAACUCAACGCUGCCGAGUCCAAGCUGCUCAAGGCCCAGCUCAUGGUGGACGCCCUUCGAAAGUCUCUUCAGCGAACCAAGACCCAGGGUGGCGUGGCGUCCGGCUCCCCCACGCUGGCUGUGCUGCACCCCGGCGGGGGGAACGACGACGGGGAGGGCUGGGAACCGGGCCCCCUGUGGGUGUCCCGGGCCGGGACUGCGCGGCGCUCACCCCGGGAGCUCGGCGCGGCGCUGCGCGAGGCGAUGCAGGACGUCUCGGAGCUUGGGGGACUCUGCCCCUUGUCCCUUCAGCUGCUUCUACGCGGAGGGGCUGCGCAUCCCCGACGAGGUCCUCGCACUCUUCCCGAACCUUAAGGAUUUCCCCCGGGCUACGGCAACGAUGG